AUGGCGAACGUGGCGGUGAGCGUGGUGAGCUACAUCCUGCUGUUCAUCCUAAUCUCGGGCUUGGCCGGCACGGUCGAGUUUCACGAGUUUAAGAAACAGUUCCAGGACAAGGUUCCCAUCAUGGUGGGCUUCUGCGGUCAGUUCAUCUUGCUGCCCUUCCUCGGCUUCUGCUCGGUGAUGCUUUUCGGCUUGACCGAGCUCGGGAAGGAAGACGCGCAGACGGUGGUGGCGGUAAACGCGACGACAGGGAACGUGACGACGACGGUGACAGUGCCGGAUGGCGGAGUGGUGGGCAUAGAGGCGGUUAUCCUCAUGAUGACAACCUCCUCGCCGGGCGGCAGCUACAGCAACUGGUGGUGCUUCAUCUUCAACGCGGACCUCGCGCUGAGCGUCGCGAUGACGACGGUAUCGUCGAUCUCGUCGGUGUUCAUGCUCCCCCUGAACCUCGCAAUCUACCUGAACGCGACCAACUCGGACAGCAUCGACAUCGAGUACGGUCCGCUGAGCAUAGCCGUGGCGGUGGUCGUGGUCGCCGUCGCGUGCGGCCUCGCGUCGUCGCACGUGUUUCCCAACCACCGGCACGUCUUUCACACCUCCGCGAACGUCGCCGGUCUCUCACUCAUCGCGCUCGGGCUGGUGUUCACCACGGGAAGCAGGGACGGGCUGUUCGGUCAGCCGUGGGAGUUUUUCGCGGGUGUCGCGAUGCCCUGCGUCGCGGGCCUGAUACUCAGCAACGUGAUGUCGUUUGCGGUGGGGCUGAACAAGCCGCAGUGCGUCAGCGUCGCCAUCGAGACGUGCUACCAGAACACGGCGCUGGCGCUUUCCGUCGCGCUGGCUUCGCCCGCCCCCGCGCGAGCCGCGGCGGUGCCUGUAUUCUACCAGGCUGUCCAGAUGGUGUCGCUGCUGACGUACUCGCUUUUCUCGUGGAAGAUGGGCUGGACAUACGCACCGUCAAACGUGAGCGUCUGGAGGAUGAUAGUCACCAACUAUCAGCCAGUGUUUCAGAGGGAGUCGGCGGCGAUCAAGGAGGAGCUGGAGAAGGCCAAGACGGCCCUGAAGGAGGCACAGAAGGACCACAGGGGGAUGCACUCGCCGCACGCGAGAAGUCCGGAUAACACGGUCAAGGGGGCGGGUGCGGCGAGUUCUAUCCUUGCGAGCGUGUUCCCAUCAACCUCGGCAAACGGGCGAAAGGUUGCGCCGCAGCCCAGGACUGGCGUCGAGGACGACAUGGACUUCUCGGACUCUCCCACGACACCGACGCGCCCGGGUCACUCGAGAACAAAGUCCGCGCUAGGUCUUGGGCUCGGGGAGAUCGAACAGGAGGCUCUUGAUAAGGUUGAGAAGGGUACUUCGAGGAAGGGACACCUUCACGACUCGGAGGCUGACGAUCUCAUCACGCCGCUGCGGACGCGCGUGAAGGCUCUGGAGGAGCUGAACAUCCAGGUUGCGAGGAAGAGGCAGCGCGACGUCUGUGGCGAGGACGGUGAGUAG